UAUAGAUCUGAUCUCCUUCCAAGCCGUAUAGGUUCUGAAGGCCCUUUUACUGUUGACAUCCGUAUAGGAAGUCUAUCUGUUCAACGACCUCAUUUAAGUUUAGUCGACAUUUGCAAGACGUCAUUCCAUUGCUACAUAUAUACUGAAAUCACCCAUGAUGACACCGCGUCCUAUAUACCUCCUUGCAUUCCGGACCUCCCAUCCCUACGAGCCCGUUUUACUAUCUGGGUUCCCUCAGAAGAAAGUCCGGACGCAGGAAGCAAAAACGUCAGUUCCUUUUGUAUUUAACAUUGCCUAGAUAGAGAACCAGCCGCUGGAACUUCCAAAAGAUGACGUUGCUAAACUGAGACACCGAGAUGAAGUUUCGCUCUCGCGCGGUGCCUCCAUCCUCCUAUCAUGUCGUAUGUUUUUUUUUCCCCCUCUGCCUGGAACGAUGCUCGUUCCCCAUCAGCCUUCGCAGCCCACCGGCGUUUGCUGAUGUCGGAGAUCCCAUCUCAGCUGAAGCCUGUGCUUUGGUCCGAGUCCUGGACAAAAGUCGGACGCUGAACGGGUGGACGGAUCACCGUGGGCAAGUGAGAGAGAAAUCGGGGGCCUAUAUUUACCAGUAUCCGCGGGCAAAAUAAGAAUCGGCUUCUAUGCCGGUUCCUGCCCGAAUUUCCUUAAUGACAACUGGUGCCUGCUAACAUGCAUAAUCAAAGGGGACCUGUGUUUCAUCACUCUCUAUCGA